AUGAAAUACUCAAACUUAUUAUGUUUGGCACUUGUUGUCAUUGUGGCCAUCCAACUCACUUCAUCAAUGAGAACCUCAACCAGCAUAUCUCCACCAACUUCACUUGUCGGCUUUGCCUUUGGACUUGAUCCAGUUGCCCCACUUUACAUCAAGAUUAACCUGGAAACUGGCCACAACAUUAACAACACACUUCCAUUGCAAAAGAAACAAAAUAUCCAAUCCAUCCUUCAAGUGUACGACAAUGAUGACGUCCUCGUCUACUACAUGGAUACUGAUAGUCAAGGCGAUUACAUUGGAGACUUGUCUAUGUACCAUCCAGGAAAUAAUACUAUGACGAGACUUCAAACGAUACCAUAUACUCAAGCAGAGUCCACCUAUGAACCCGUUAUAUUGACUGGAGCUGGUUAUAACGCCAAGACAAACACUAUGUACUCCUUUGUCCAAAUCUAUGAAACAUAUGAUCUUGGUGUAUUAUCCAUUUCAUUCAAAGAUCAAUCAUUUGGGUUCACAUCAUUAUCCAACAGUUGGAUCAAUGUCACCGCCGCAGCAUCAUGCUUCGACCCAAUUGGCGAGAAGUACUAUAUUGCUUUGUUAUUGAUUGACUCUGAUUUGCAGAUUGCCACUUAUGAUACUGUUAGCAAGUCAGAGGUGAUGUUAUUCAAUGUAUCAUUGGGUAUUGAUAUUGAUAACAGUACCGAUGGUACACCUCACUUUAGUGUCUAUGUAUGGGACUCGAUGAUGUAUGUCUUUGUAGGCUCUACCCAGGAAGGAUUCCCAUUAUGGAUUGGUGUAGUCAAUUUGGCAACACAACAAGUCAAGACCAUUGUUCAGGAUAACAUUCCUUUGUAUGACAAGAACCUACCACCAUUCACUAUUGAUCACAACAAUGGGUAUAUGUCUGCCUUUGCCAUUGACAACACCGGCAAGACCUACCUCUACAUGCUUGACCUGUCCACUCAAGACUACACCAAGACAUCUGAGCCAAACCUCUGGGUCAAUCCUCAAGACUUCAUCUAUGAAUCAAUCUUGUCGUCAUAA